AUGACGGCGAGCAAGCGGGUGGCGAAGGAGCUGGACGACCUUCAGAAGGGGCUCCCCAGGUACCUGCGGAACCUAUUCAGCGAUGAUGCCAACGUGCUGGUGUGGCACGCGCUCCUCCUGCCUGAGAAACCUCCCUACAACCUCAAGGCCUUCAACCUGCGCAUCAGCUUCCCUGAGGAGUAUCCAUUCAAGCCUCCGACAGUGACAUUCACAACCAGGAUCUACCACCCCAAUGUGGACAGCAACGGGCGGGUGUGCCUGCCCAUCAUCAGCAAGGAGAACUGGAAGCCUUUCACCAAGACCUGCCAAGUUUUGGAGGCCCUCAACGUGCUGGUGAAUAAACCAGAGCUGGGGCAGCCCCUUCGCUUGGAGCUUGCUGACGAGCUGACACAGGACCCGGAGCUGUUCAACAGGAGGGCCGAAGAGUUCACCCUCCAGUUUGGAGUGGACCGACCCUCCUAA